UCGGAGCAUUGUUGGAACGCCUCUCGUUUCCCCUCCGCCAUUACAGUGAGAUCCAUGGAGUGAUUGUGGUUAUCGGGUGAUUUUCAGUGAUUAAUCCAUAGUGUGUGGGUUGAGACCAAUCCAAGUGUCGUGUCAAAAAUGGAUAUAUGAUGUCUACGCACUCUCAGACGAACGGGGCAAGCUUAGAAGAUUGCCACACCAAUUUCUUCGCCCUGACUGACUUGUGCGGAAUAAAAUGGCGAGUGUACGCCUGGGACAACCCUGGCGGCGGUGGCGGUGGCGGCGGCGGCGGUGGCGGAGUGGGGGGAGGGGGACCAGCUGACCCCCUGGAGGACCCCGUGCUGGUGUCCUACGCCCGCAUGAUGGCCGCCGACGUGCUGUGCGUAUGGCGGAGGACCUGGCGCGUGCCCCAGGAGCCCAUGCCCACCACACAGCACCAGGCGCAGCAGCAGCACCAGCACCGCCACUCCCUCAGGCACUCGCCCAAGGAGCUCUGGGUCUUCUGGUACGGCGACGAUCCCGACCUCACCAACCUGCUGGCGCCCGAGCUGCUCAAGAGCGGUGAGGGCAUUCGCGGAUCUUGGGACUGGGAGAACGGUUUGUCCUAUGAGUGCCGAACACUUCUUUUUAAGGCUCUACAUAACCUUAUUGAAAGAUGUCUGCGAACCCGGGACUUCGUCCGGCUGGGUCGUUGGUUUGUCCAACCCUACGAAGGCCCGGAGGGUGUUCCUGGCAACAGGAGUACUCACCUGUCAUUCAGUCUGUCAUUCUUCGUCCAUGGCGAAAGCAUUGUAUGUGCCAGUGUGGACGUUCGGCAACACCCACGUGUCCGACGGCUCACGCGGCGACACCUGCUUUUAGCACAGCAGUCAAAUCAUGGCAUACCAGUUAUAUUGGGCCCAUAUGGGUUGAGUGGCACCUUGACUGGUGUGAGUUAUCGGCUGUCUGAGCCUUCAACACAGAAGCUGUUGGAUGAGUGGAGACAAUUCUUUCCUAUUGAAACAAAGGCAUCACAGGGAGACUCCCCAGAACCCACAAUGCCUGCCGCCGUUGAGGUUAUCGUGGGUGGCCACAAAAUGCGUUAUCCAACUUGUUACACAUUAGUGACAGACAUGGAUGACUACUUAAUGGCAAGUCGUGGUGGGACAGUUGUGAAUACCAACACUGUUUCUCCUGGAGCUAUGAAAGGUGGGCUUACAAAUGAUAACACCCCAGAGGGUAGUGACGGGACGAGCCUUCCCUCACACAAUUCCCCCUUCACUGCCUCGAUCCACACCUUACUAGCCCCUGGGUACUUGAGCUCUGGGGGACGAGGCCUCGGUUGGUCACGGGAGAUGUGUGAGCGUGUCUGGCAGGACAUAGUCCAGUGUCCAGGCCAGCAGCCCCCGGCACAGAAUGAUGGACUGACACCAGAGGGGACAUUGACCCCUGCUGAAAUUGCUGGCCAGUGGGACUUCUCAGACCCUGCAACGAAGAUCAGCUGCUCCUGCGCCAAGUGCAGAAGGGGUCGGGUCAGUAGUAAAGGGUGUAGCAGCAGUAAGGGCCGCGGGGAGAGAGGUGGUGGGGGAGGCGGGCGCCAGAGGGGGGGCAGCAGCAGCAACUCCAACUCUGGCUGCAUCCCCUUCCACAAGCGGUCUCCCCCAGCCCCACUACCCUCACCCGACGAAGUGGUCCUGGACCAGUGUGGCGUGACGGCCAUCGAGGAGUCGGGACUAAUGCAGGCCGCUGCCAGACUGGGUGGAGCUGCAACACCUAGUGGAGGCAAUGGAGCUGGGAGUUUCGGAGGAUACAAGAGUGGUGGUGUGACAACCCCAGGUAGUGUUCCCAGUCUUCGGCUGACUGGAGUUGCAGAUGGUCCUCCUCCAUCAGUAGAAUCUCCAGCCUCUGCCAUUCCAUCUCCACUCCCAACACCUCAGCCAGCCUCUGUGCCUCAUCAUGAUCCCACCAUGCCAACUUUGAGUCCCCAUCCACCCCCAUCCAAUACAUCAGUGGGUGAUCCAACUACCCCUGCUGCUCUCGAUUCCUUGGAUGUGAAACCAAAUAUUGCUGAUUUGAUGGGCCCCAAGUCCAUAUCAUCUCUCAACAAUCAGGGCAUGUCUCCUUAUCCUGGAAGUGAGAGAGGCAAUGGUGUGGAGUCAAAUGAGACCAGCAGUAGCCUGGGGGGCGGUGGAAGCAAUAGCAGCAGUUUGCCAAGGGGACUAAAGCGGCCAUCCCUACCAGGCACAGACUACCAUUCUAUACUAGAAUUGGAAAAACCUAGUACCGUCCUCUAUGACUACUCCAAAUUAAAUGCAUGGUUGCAUCAUCCAGUGAAGAAAUUUAAACCAGCUGAACCAAAGGCAGAGGAACCUCUAUGGCCACCAUAUAGACCUGCACAUAUCCAAGAACACAUGGAAGUCAUCCAUCGUGCAGAACCAAGCCAAGAGAUUCCUGAAGUGAAUGGGUUACCAGCAAAACGUCCUGGUGGCAUAAAGAGACAGGCUGACCCAUAUGACUUCGAUGAUGACAUAGGCACAGGCACCACCCCAGAAACAUUCAAACGGAAAGAUGGCUUUGACAAGGAGGAGACCAAGACCCCUGGGAGUGUCCGUUCCUCCCAUGAUCCUCAGUCCCCGCUGCAACCAAAGAGAACUGGAAAUCUUUAUACAAGUGAAGGGCUUCAAGCCUCGCUUUCAGAUUUGGACGUCAUGUUUGAUUCUGAUUCUCCAGUGGAUGAUGUCGCAUUCCCUGACCAUACUCCACCUGGUUCUAACAAACCCCUGGGAGGGCCCGAGGAUACAGCUGCAGUUUUGAACAACAAGAACAAUGCUAGUGGUAACAAAACCAGUGUUAACACUAGCUUAGUGGAGUUGACAAAAAUGUUUCCAACACCUCCCUCCCAUGAGCAUAACCCAGACCAUGACACCACCAUGGAGGAUGCUGUGCCACAGGUCAUCAGCAUCAAACAGGAGCGAGUGGAUGAUCUUAGACCACUUCAUUCACAGGAGCAGGCAAACCUGCCUGCUAGAGACGAACCGAAAGAAAUGUUGGCUGUUUAUCGGCCUCCUACUCUUUCAAUGUUUGUUGGCUCCCGCAAGUAUGCUCCACUAACCAACUUACCAAGUCAGGAGUAUAAAACAGUUGUGACACUUCCUCCUGAUUGGGCUUACAAACCUUCAUGGCAGUUCCCAGUUGCUGAGAAGCCCCACGGACCAGCUCCUACAUUGGGCCACAUGGGUCCACUCCAUGGAGGUCCUCCAUCAACUGGACAAACACAGAAGGUGGGCUUGUCUCCCAUCUCACCCAUGACUUCAAGUUUGGGUGGGCCAGUAUCGGACAGUGGCCCAGGGUCUCAGCGUGGGCCAGGCAGUGUGGGAGGCCCAGCUUCUGCAGGACCACCCAUGAAUUAUGAGCUACCAUCCCCUGCAUCCAACCAGUCAUCUUACCUCAACAAGACACUGCCAUCAGUAGAGCCACCAAGCAUGGGGCUUAGCCAAGUACCUGAAGCAAAUUCCCUUAUUGUUAACAUCGCUCUGCAGGACUCGAGCGUCAACUUGUUCAGAGAUCACAACUUUGAUUCGUGCACAAUGUGUGUCUGCAAUAACAACCAGAAAAUUGUUGGAAAUAUCCGUGGAAAGGAUGGAGCUCUAUAUUUACCACCUACCCAUCUUAGUUUAGAAGAAGAAAGUGCAAGUUGCAGUUGUGGUUUCUCUGCAGUAGUUAAUAGAAGGUUGGCCUUUCAGGCUGGAUUAUUUUAUGAAGAUGAAGUGGAUCUUACUGGCCUCCAUGAGGCUUUGGUCAAUGAGCGUAAAAAGCAGUCUUUACUCAUGCUGAUGGACAAUAAGAAUGCAGACAAUCCUGAACGUGAUACCAGUAUUCUAGAUCAGAUACCUCAGUCUAUGUACCAGCUGUUACAAAGCCAGUGCUUAGUAACUUUAAGUACUCCCUCUAGUGUCAUUUAUAGAUCAACAACAGUGUACCAAAAUAAUAGACGAGACAUUAUGCUGAACUUAGUGGAUUAUAAAGAUGGUAAUGAGAUUGCAAGCUUGGCUGUAGAACAGUCACGAGGUGUUAAUGUGGGUGAAGGUGAAGUGAACUCCCCUUCAGCAAGACAUCAGUGCAUGCAUAAGUGGUGCUACUACCAGUUCGAUGGUCCCACAUGUUCUAGGGACAUAGUGCGUUGUAUGAAGGCCCUCCAGCCUCACCUACAAGAGGCCAUACAAAAGAAGGGAAGAUGGGUGAACUUAUUCAGUGUUGAAGGGCCCCUCACGUGGAGGCAGUUCCACCGCAAGGCUGUUAGAGGCAAUGAGGAUAUUGCUGAACCAUUGCCUAUUCCUAUGUUAUUGACAGGCCAUGACCGAGACUGGUUGUCCAUAGCACCACAAUCCCUUAGACACUGGGAAAAAUUACUUCUUGAACCUUACUCACAGCAGAGGAAUGUGGCAUAUGUUGUGGUUGCUCCUGAUAAUGAAUUUAUACUCAAUCAUGUGCGCACAUUCUUCAAGGAGUUGUCAUCUAUAUAUGAGUUGUGCAAGCUUGGUCGUCAUGCCCCCAUACAACGAGUCCUGAGAAAUGGCAUAAUGAGGAUAAGCAAAACUGCAGCAUCCAAAGUAGCCAAUGAGCCAUUAGAGGAGUGGUUCUCCCUCUUGGGUGACUCCCAUGUGUCCACCAACCUCAAAGUUUACGCACAGGUUUGUCGGUACUGGUUGGCCCCACACCUAGCAAUGCUUAGUAUGGACAAGACUCUGUUUGAAGCACCAGGACCCAACAGACCUGCAGAGAGGCAAGCUCCAUCACCAAUGCCUCCUCCCUCAUCAGAGAACAUGGGGAACACCAACCCCUCAACAACACCCACGUCAAACUCGGAGCCGGAGUCCUUCUCCUCCUCUUCCUCCUCAUCAUCUUCGUCUUCUUCAUCAUCAUCUUCCUCCUCCACAUCCACCUCAUCAUCUUCUGCAACUUCUACCUCUGGCACACAGCCAGGUAACAUCCCGCUGGGUGCAAGUCUAAAUGAAGUAGAGGAAGACGACUCCCCUCCUCCAGCCAUUCUUGUCUACUUGGUGGACCCCUUCAAUGUUGGGCAAGACCACCCUGACAUGCACCGCUUGGUUACCUUAGGGUUGCUCCGCUGCUACGAACACAUGCUGGAGGGAUUGACUGAGAGCAUGCAGAAUAAUGUGUAUCUCCAGAUUGUCUCAUUGGAGAGUAUACUGGAGUUGGCCAGUGACUCACAUGACCGGUCCCACCACAUAGACCAGCUCAAGAGUCUGGCCUUCUCUGUGUUCAUGCAGUGCAGAAGAACUUUGACUCAUAAUGCAACAGUCAAGUCCCUAACAGGUUUUGGACCUGCUGCUGCAUAUGAUGAUUUCCUCAAGCCUAAGGAAGCUAGUCUUGCAGCAGAGGAAAAGAGGCAAGCUCCUUACCACAUAUUCUCCCCUGCAUACAUUGUUGCCCCCAUCAAAGAGAGUCGUGGUACAUAUAAGGAGGCACAGGAGGCUCUUGGAGCUCCACGUGAAAAGUCAACCAUCUUGAACUGCACCUACUGCCUGUCUGAAGAUCAGAGAUGGCUCUUAGCAACAGCCACUGAUGAAUUAGGGGAAAUUUUAGAGACUGUAACAAUCAAUAUUGAAAUUCCAAAUAG